AAGAAAACAAAGAAAGCUGCAAAAACAAGAAAAUAUUUCCCUUUGUGCAUAUAUCACAUCAACAAAUAAUUUCAACAAAACCUCAACUGUUUUCAAAUUUGACAUUUUUUUUUAUGAUUCUCAAAUUUGUUAUUCUAAUAUCCACUUAAAACAGCUAAAAACCAAAAAAGAAUUUGAUCAUACCAAUCAAUGGCAUCAAACCAGAACCUUAGAGAUCUUCAAUGGCUACAACAAUCAAUCAAAUCCCAGCUCCUGAAUCUACAAAACAUUUCUUUUAAUCUGUCUCAAACUACUUCAAGUUGUUACCAAGAAACAGAAACUUCUCUAAAUGUAAACAUUUCUAAUGACAGUUUUUUUCAGUUCUCUCAAAUUUUAUCAGAAUUAAGCACAGCCAAGAACAUUCAAUCUUCUUUGACAAAUCUCGAGUUUCACCAUGCCGAAUGGGGAACAGAACAAGUAGUUUACCUUGGAAUGCUUUUACAGAGUUGUUCGAACAUAAAACAGCUUGUGUUCAGAAGAAACAGAUUGAAUGCAGAAUGUUUGAGUGAGAUUUGUGAGAUUCUGAAGAGGAAUGAAGUGAUUAAAGAGGUUAUGUUUUGUGAGUCUGGUUUAGGUUCUGUUGGUGCUGGUCUUUUAGCUGAUGCUCUUAAGGUGAAUGAGAGCUUGGAGGAGUUGCAGAUAUGGGAUGAUUCGAUUGGGUCGAAAGGAGCGGAAGAGCUUUCGGAAAUGAUUGAAGGGAACUCGAGUUUGAAGAUCCUGACGAUAUUUGAUUCGCAGUCUGUCACUGCGACUCCGCUUAUAUCGGCUGUUUUGGCGAGGAAUAGGGAAAUGGAAGUUCAUGUUUGGAGUGGUGAAAACGGAGAGAAAAGUUCGAAAGUGGUCGAGUUCAUACCCGAAAGCAGUACCCUCAGGAUUUACAGGCUAGACAUAUCGGGUUCUCGUCGAGUUGCGUGUUCUUUAGGAUGGAAUUCAACAGUGAAGUCUCUAGACAUGACGGGAAUUCGGUUGAAAUCCAAGUGGGCGAAAGAGUUUCGUUUGGUUUUGGAACAGAAUCGAAGUCUUAAAGAGGUAAGAUUGUCGAGAACUCGCCUUCGGGAUAAGGGAAUUGUUUAUGUGUCAGCUGGACUUUUCAAGAAUCAGAAUUUGGAAAGUUUAUAUGUUGAUGGGAACUGCUUUAGUGGGAUAGGUGUAGAGCAUUUGCUAUGCCCUUUGAGUCGAUUCUCCGCCCUGCAAUUCCAAGCAAAUACUACACUCAAGUCCGUUGCAUUCGGAGGAGGCAGAACAAAAAUAGGAAGAGAUGGGCUUGCAGCCAUCAUGCAAAUGCUGACAAGCAAUGAAACUCUGACUAAGUUGGGAAUUUAUGAUGAUGAAAGUUUGAAACCUGACGAUUUCGUUAAAAUCUUCAGGAGCUUGAAAAAGAAUGCGAGUUUGAUACGCUUGUCGUUGCAAGGAUGUAGAGGGGUUCAAGGAGAGGUUUUACUGAAGGCAAUAAUGGAGACGUUGCAGGUUAAUCCUUGGAUUGAGGACAUUGAUCUUGCACGAACACCGCUGCAAAAUUCUGGGAAGGCUGACGGAAUUUAUCAACGACUAGGGCAGAAUGGGAAGACAGAACCUGAAGCUGAAAUGGAUUUGCUCAAGGACAUGCCACUUACUGAACCAAAGAGUUGCAGAGUCUUCUUCUGUGGGCAAGAAUAUGCAGGCAAGACUACACUUUGUAAUUCCAUAUCACAGAACUUAUCCUCGUCGAAGCUUCCGUACAUGGAUCAAGUGCGUACUUUAGUGAAUCCUGUUGAACAAGCUGUCAGGACCAGUGGAAUGAAGAUAAAGACUUUCAAAGACGAUGACACGAAGAUUUCGAUAUGGAAUCUUGCAGGCCAGCACGAGUUCUAUUCACUCCAUGAUCUCAUGUUUCCGGGGCAUGGUAGUGCAUCAUUCUUCCUGAUCAUCACAAGUUUAUACAGAAAACCUAUCAACCGAGAACCGAAAACACCAGAAGAGAUCGAAGAGGAUCUGCAGUAUUGGCUCAGAUUCAUCGUUUCCAACUCAAAAAGGGCAAUCCAACAAUGCAUGCUACCUAAUGUUACAAUAGUCCUGACGCAUUUCGACAAAAUUAAUCAACCGUCACAAAACUUGCAGCUUAUAGUGACUUUAAUUCAGAGAUUAAGAGACAAGUUCCUAAAUUUUGUUGAGCUUUAUCAAACUGUGUUUACAGUGGAUUCAAGAUCGUCCUCGUCAGUUGGUAAACUCGCACAUCAUCUUCGGAAGACGAGCAAGACUAUUCUCCAAAGGGUACCUAAAGUUUAUCAGCUAUGCAAUGAUCUAGCUCAGCUUUUAACAGACUGGAGAGAUGAGAAUUAUAAAAAACCUGCAAUGAAGUGGAAAGAAUUCGGCGAGCUUUGCCAAGUGAAGGUUCCGUCAUUGAGAAUCCGUUCGAGACAUGAUAAUAAAGAAAAGGCGGAAAUGAGGAGGAGGGCUGUUGCUAGCUGCCUUCAUCAUAUAGGCGAAGUGAUUUAUUUCGACGAGUUAGGAUUCUUGAUUUUAGAUUGUGAAUGGUUCUGCAGUGAAGUGCUCAGCCAGCUGAUAAAAUUGGAUGUCAAAAGGCAAAGCUCGCCGGAGAAUAAUGGAUUUAUUUGCAGAAACGAGUUGGAACGGAUAUUAAGAGGAAGUUUACAAUGUCAGAUUCCGGGAAUGGGUUCGAAAGUAUUCGAGAACUUAGAGGCUAGUGAUCUUGUCAGAAUGAUGUUGAAACUAGAACUAUGCUAUGACCAAGAUCCAUCAGAUCCAAACUCACUGCUGCUAAUUCCUUCAAUUCUUGAGGAAGGCAGAGGAAGGCCACAGAAAUGGCAGUUAAGUGCACCAGACUGUGUUUAUGCCGGUAGGCAUCUCGAGUGCGACGAUUCAAGCCACAUGUUUCUCACUCCCGGUUUCUUUCCUCGUUUGCAGGUUCAUCUUCAUAACAGAAUUAUAGCAUUAAAGAACCAACACGGAGCAACUUACACCUACAGUCUCGAAAAGUACCUUAUUGCGAUAAACAUAAAUGGUAUCCAUAUCAGAGUAGAACUCGGAGGACAGCUCGGAUACUAUAUUGAUAUUCUUGCUUGUUCCACUAAAAACUUGACGGAAAUCCUUAGACUUGUUCAGCAGCUCAUAAUUCCUGCAAUUCAAAGUCUUCGUCACGGUGUCACGUUAGUAGAAAGCAUCAUUCGGCCUGAAUGCGUGCAGAACUUGAUGCCCCCUCGGUACAGGAAAACUCAGAACGUAUCAGUGCAGCAACUGAAACAAGCACUGCUCUCGGUUCCAGCAGAUGGCCUGUAUGAUUAUCAGCAUACAUGGGGUCCGGUUUUGGACUCUGGUAGAGCUGUUCUAAGAGCUGGUUUUGAUCUCGCUCGAGACCUCUUAUCAGAUGAUGACUUCCGAGAAGUAUUGCAUCGACGAUAUCACGACUUGCACAAUCUUGCCAUGGAAUUGGAAGUUCAACCGGAGAGAAAUCCAGAUGGAACGGAUCAAACAGGUAACGAACUCGAUAAAAUCGAUCCAAGCUUCUCUGGAAUUGCUAAGGGGGUGGAACAAGUACUUCAAAGACUUAAGAUUAUCGAACAAGAGAUACGAGACUUGAAGCAGGAGAUACAAGGUUUGAGAUAUUACGAACACAGACUCCUCAUUGAGCUUCAUCGGAAAGUGAACUACCUUGUGAACUACAAUGUUCAACUGGAAGAAAGAAAAGUACCAAACAUGUUCUUUUUCGUCAGAACCGAAAAUUACUCGAGACGAUUGGUCACCAACAUGAUCAGUGGCAUGACUGCACUACGUAUGCACAUGUUAUGCGAAUACAGGCGAGAAAUGCACGUUGUUGAAGAUCAGAUCGGUUGCGAAAUGAUGCAGGUAGAUAACAUGACAGUGAAAUGUCUGGCUCCAUAUAUGAAAAAGUUCAUGAAAUUGGUGACAUUUGCUCUCAAGAUAGGAGCCCAUCUUGCAGCAGGAAUGGGAGAACUGAUACCGGACUUGAGCAGAGAAGUUGCGCAUCUAACUGGAUCUUCUUCGCUAAUGUACGGAGCAGCCGGAGCAGUUGCAGCUGGAGCUGUGGGGGCAGCGGCAAUGGGAAGAAUGGAGGGGUUCAGGAACCGAGGCAGAAGCGCAGAAAACUCGAGGGACAUUCAACAAGACCAAAGAGCAGCACAGCAGUGGGUAGUCGAUUUUUUAAGGGAGCGCCAGUGUUCGACCGGAAAGGAUAUUGCGGAAAAGUUAGGAUUAUGGAGAGUAAGAUACAGGGAUGAUGGAGAGAUUGCAUGGAUUUGUAGGAGGCAUAUGAGCUUAAGAGCACAUGAAGUAAUUGAAGUACCUAUUUGAUAAUAGGUCAAGCAAAGUUGUUCAUCCUAAUCAUCUUAUGACUUAUAUCAUGCAUUUUUAUGUAAUGCCCUUCAACUAGUUCUGUUGUUGUCAUACAACAAACUCUUGACAACAAAACACUAGCAAAUAGAGAGUGUGCAGAAAACGAACCAAACCAAAUAACCGACAAAUUCAGUUCAGUUUAAAAA